CAAUUGCCUACACAACUGAAGAGAGAAAGGAACGCACUCGUCCUCGUUGUCGUCGUCCAGCCACAUUGUCACAUCAACACAGAAUCAUGUCCACCACGCUCCUUGAACUGAAGAAAACGGGGGAGGCCCCGAGCAAGAACUACCACAGCCUUGUCGUGAUGCCAGACCAGAUCCGAUUCACAACAUGGCUCAUUGACGCGCAGCACGGCGUCCAUCACCGUGAUUCCACGGGAUCCGUGUUUGAUCGCAAGGUGACCUUUGAGGAGUUCUUGGACGGCCACCUGCAAGAUCAGAUCAAAUCGGUGUUUGGACAGGAUGAGUAUCAACGCGUGCUCAAGGUUGUCAAGGAGAACAGCGGCACGACCUCAGGCAGUGCUGAGACGAAGAAGAAAGACGCGCAGCAGAGCGGUGGCAACACGUUCCUCACCAGCUAAAGUGCACUUGUCAUACCCGCCAAACACACACUCACUCACACACACACACACACACACACACACACAAGCACGUAGCUGGGAUUGUUUGUGGACUGCGAAUGAUCACGCAUGUAAAGCACGUGGCCAAAGUGCCUGUUCUCUCUGGCCUUUUCAAUUGUUGCGACUUUGCUUGUGCACAGUGUAUAUUUUUUGUGUGUGAGAGAUUGUAAUCACCCCGUCCACACUGUAUCUGCUCACUCCCCUUUGCUGUGCUUGCCUUGGAUCAUGUGUUGUUGUGUCGCUUAAUGAUUGUUUUGUCUUGGUUUCGCAUUGAUUUCGUUAUGUAACAACACACCGAUUCGCAUUGUUCUUCUGUUACCUGAACCCCUUUAUCCACCUCCAUCGUGAGCACUGUGUGGUGCGACCACAGCGCGGGCCUGCAUCACUAGAUGACCAACAUGUCUUCGUUUCAAUCGCAUAACCCGC